AUGCUUGCUGAACCCAACAAUUGCGAUUUCCUUCAAAAGUAUGACGGCUCUCAUGUUGAACCACUGUGGACUGUCAUGGAAGCGAUGGUGCCCCCACAUCCUAAUCCUAAAUGUGUGCCUCACUUGUGGGAGUAUGAAAAGAUCAGACCUGCCUUGCUGGAGGCCGGUGAAAAAGUAGGUGAAUACGAAGCUGAGAGAAGAGUAUUGAUGUUGGUCAAUCCUAGUAUGAAGGCACCUUACACUACAGACACUUUGUAUGCUGGUUUGCAAUUGAUCAAUCCAGGAGAGACUGCACCCGCACACAGACACAGAGCCUUUGCUCUUCGCUUCAUCAUUGAAGGUCAUCGGGGAUUCACUGCUGUAGAAGGAGAGAAGAUUUACAUGAAGAAGGGCGAUGUCAUUCUUACUCCUCCAUGGACCUGGCACGAUCACGGCCAUGAAGGUGAUGAUGUGAUGAUUUGGUUAGAUGGCCUUGAUCUCCCCAUUUUCCAGAAUAUCCCAGUCAAUUUUGCUGAAAACUAUGAAGAACGUAGAUAUCCUAGCGAGCAAGCAGAAAACAGUUCAUUGAAAUUCUCUUGGGAGCCAGUUGAAGAAGCCUUGAAUGCUCGCAAGCUAGAAACUGAAUAUGCUGAUUAUGAAUACAAGAAGCCUGAUGGUAAGCCAUUGUCCAAUAUCAUUGGUGGCGAAGCCGAGCGUAUCAAUGCAAAUGGUGCUUCCACUACUCGUCGUGAAACCUGCUCAAGAGUGGUCCAUGUCUAUGCUGGUCAAGGUCGUACUGAACUUGUGGAUGCCAAGGGUAACAAGACUGUAUUGGAGUGGAAGCCCAAUGAUACCUUUGCUGUGCCUGCUUGGAGUUGGGUCACUCAUCAUGCUGAUUCUCAAGUCGAUUCCUAUCUCUUUUCCUUUAAUGAUAAACCUCUUCAAGAAAACCUUGGUCUCUAUAAAGUUGAGCACAAGUCAUUGUAA